CGGUUGGGAGGCUGCCAAGCCCUGUAUGGAAGACAAACAUUUUCUUGCUUUCUGGCCCUAAUAUUGACGUUCUCCCUUCUCCCUCGGAUGUACAAAGACUGAAGAACCAUGGAUUAGGCAACCCUGUGCAUGAGGGGACAGAAACCAGGAGCUCUAAAAUUAACCUGAAUUGGAGCUUGUCUGAACUGAACAACUUUGUGUGUCAAAGCUACCCACACAUUAGCCUAAAUCUGGUUGGCUUUGAACUGGCAAGAGCUGGAAAAGGACGAAAGGUAAAAAAAUUACAGGUGAAUUCUGUGAGGGAGCUGAAGGAAAAGGUUGGCAAAAGCAGACUCUACAUUCUACCACGAGCAGAUGUGUCACAGGAAACCUACUCAACAGCAGCAAUGUCCAGGACCUUGUUUCCAGAACCCUCAACUGCACCAGAAGUACAGAAUAUCUCUCCAGAGGUUGAGAGGACCACCGGAAAUUUGGGGGAAGAGCAGACACUUCUAGAUUGGCGAUCUCUGCGGUCCCAGCAAGACAAAGACUAUGAAGAGUCUUUGUUAGCAGACCAAGAAAAAGAAAGGAGAAGACAGUGUUACAAGGCCUUGGAGGAAAGACGCAUAAAGGCAAUUGAAGAACGCCGGCAAAGACUGGCGGUACAUGAAGAACCCUCAACUGGACUGCUUUUGAAGUUCAAAUAUCCAAAUGGAUUUAUCACAAAGAGAACAUUCAAUGUGUCUGAUCCAAUUCAGUUCUUGUUUGACUUUGUCGGACAAGAUGAAAUGGCCAGUGAAAUAUUCAGUGUUCAACAAGCAACGUCAUCCACACCAAUUGAGAGUACCUCAUCAGGCUCACUGAUGGAUCAUGGCAUAACAACAUCUGUAACUUUGUACGUGCUUUGGAUUUCAACUGUAGAUAUUCAGGAAAGGUAUCCAGUUCAGGCGAAUGUAGUGCAGGAACAGUCGCUGUCUCAGCAAGCACAGACAUCUUUGUCAGCCCAGUCACCACUGGCCCCAACAUCUCCUCAAUGGCUGUCGACCAUGCCUAACUCCUUAGAAACAUCAACUUCAUUCUCCUCCCAGUCGCCUGUGUUCCACCCCUCCACUCAAGUACAACCAGAUUUGCUGUCUUCAGAAGUUUCUUUGGUUGCAACCUCAAGGCUGCCCCUCUCCCCCCACUCUACCCUGACUCCACAGGUGAUUACCAUUGAGGACCAGGCACCAACUUCUCCAUUAACUGAGCAAACUAUAAUUCUACUGGAAGACGAAGAGCCACCUGAUUCUCAACAUCCACCAGAGUUGCCUUUGGAUGAAACAGAUCUUCAGACUAUAUUAGCAAAACUAUACAGCAAGGUUGAUAUGACUUCCUGUCCUACAAGCAACCAAAUAAAUGUGUGCAGGGACAGGAUUUUAGAAUGUAGCCUGCAUGCCUUCAGAAGACGCCGUUUUGAUCCAGCAGCAAAACUGGAUGUUGUUUUUGUGGAUGAAGAGGACACCGCUGAAGGGGCAGUUGAUGAAGGUGGUCCCACACGAGAAUAUCUACGACUUUUAAUGAGGGCCAUUCAUCAAUCAAAUGUCUUUGAGGGGCAUGAGAAUGACCGCCAUCUAGCUUUGAACACAAGUGCGCUGGAGUUAAAGAUGUACAGCUGUAUUGGAAAAAUGAUAUCAGUCUGUUUGGUGCAUGGAGGCAUUGGACCACAUUUCUUCUCUCAAAGGCUGUAUGACCACAUUUGUGGCACAUUGUCUAAACCUACCCUGGUUGAGGAAGUUGUUAACCAUUCUUUCAGACAGCAGUUGAUUGAAAUUAAGGAUGCAAACACAGUUGUGGAAGCAAACGAAGCCAUUAUGCAGGCUGCAGAUACCUUGAGCAUUAUUGGAGCAUUAAGGCGUGUAACUACUCUGGAAGAGAGGGACUCCCUCGUGCAAUCUGCUGCAGACUUCUUUGUAAAUGGUCGAGUGUGCGCUGGGUUGCAACAGUUUAUGGAAGGUUUGAAGAGUCUGAAUGUGCUGGACGAGAUUCAGAAAAACCCUGCAGUCUUUCAUGAAUUGUUUGUCUGUGAGGAGAAACCACUCUUGGCACGGGACCUGUACACACUUUUCCAAGUGUGUUUUUCUGUGCAAGGCAGCAAUAAAAGGAGGAUAGAAAAUCUAACCAUAUGCUACUGGAGAGACUGGUUGGUGGAUAUUGAAGAAGGAGAAUGCAGUCCCAUGACUCUUGAAAUGCUUCUGGAGUUUGCUUCUGGAGCAUCCAAGGUACCUCCACUGGGCUUUCCCCAUCGUCCACAAAUUGAAUUCCUCCAUGAGGCUAACAAAGUCUUCCCAGAAGCAAAUACUUGCCUUAUAGUACUCCGGCUUCCUGUACACUCGGACUAUGAGUCUUUCACAAAGUACAUGACCGACGGGGUGCUGCAGGCACCUACCUUUGGUGUUGCAUAAUCAGCUAAUAAGCAGUUAUUUUAAGAAAAGAAAAAAAAAAAGUUGAAAUGUUUUCAAAAGUUAAUUGUUUUAAAGCAAGUUACAGUAUUAUUGUACAGUUAAUGUAAUGGCCAAACUUGGAAAACAUUGAAAUGUAAAUUCAAUAAUUGCACUUAUUAUUUUUCUUAUUUUUGCAAAUAGAUCUCUUAUUAAUCACUUUAUGGUUUCA